AUGAAGGUCGCUGCCGCCGGACCACACCUGUGUUCAGCGAUACCGCUGCUGUGCAUCUGCAUAGGAUGGAAAGACGCAGCCGCCGAGACGACAACGCAGACCGUCGUUUCUAGGCUGCAGUUUCCCCUCCCGACAGCCCUGUCCCGCGCCUUGGGUUAUGAGCACGAGGAGGCCCUGUUCGGACCACACCACCCGUACGGUGGGGUCAUCGCCGAGAGGGUCAUCCACGGGGGCGUGCAGCCGGGAAAAGCGGUGAGAGCAUGGACCCUGUGCAGCAUCGAGGACGCCGAGCUUGUGCUUCCGAUUCUACCGCCGGAUUCCUCUCCCUUCAUCCUCAUGGUUGAUCGAGGAGAGUGCACCUUCGUCACCAAGACCCGAUGGGCGCAAAAGCUGGGCGCAGUCGGUGUACUAUUUGCAGACGACAUGUGCCAGUGCAGCGAUGCAGCGAGUGGUAUCUGCUCCAUGUCUGGCAAUUUACACUGUGAAGAGUUCGGUCCGACAGUUGGAGACGAUGGCUCCGGCGCAGACAUUACCAUUCCAAGUUUAAUGAUGCAGAAAAUGGACGCGACGAUUGUCAAGAACCGGUUGGAAAAGGGAGUUCCGGUUAUGGCGAAGAUGUCGUGGUCCCUCGCGGCACCAGACGGUGGCAUCGAGUGA